AUGAUGGACAAUGAAGCAUUUGAUAUACUGGACAAGGAUGUCUAUUUCAGGGACGCACCAAAGACGGAGGAUCUCUCGCAACUCGCAGCCAGCACCGUCGAAGCAGCCACGUCGACCAUAAAGCUCUACGAUCCAAAGUUUUGCGGCUGGACAAUCAGUGAGGAUAUGGGAGCCUUUUGUAGAGGCUUUGGAUGUAUGUGUAUCUAG